AUGGCGGAAAACACCAAUGCGAACCUGGUCUUCUCUGCAGACUCUCGUUUGAGCUCAAACAACCCAAGCCGACGCGCGCUCGGCGAAGUCUCUCCCAAUGUCAGGCAGCAGCCUUCGUCAGCGACUAUGCUCAACAGCAAACCACUUACUGGAAGCCCUCUCAAGCGGAGUUUCACGGCAGCCAUGGAAGGAGGCCAAGGCUUUCAGUACUUGAAGCGACGAAAGCUCUCGAUCGACUCUCCUCUGAGCCAAGUGCAUACUGCUGCGGCUCCUGUCAUUACGCAGCCACUACCACAAUGGUCGCCAGCACUACCACUUCAGGAAAACCCAUUGCCCGAGAUACAACAUAUCUCACCGAGUGAGCCUACACGGCCGAAUACCCCAAAUGACUCUCCCGAGGAAGAAGAUGGCCCAGGGUCCAACGAGCGCCGGUCUUUCUCGUCAUUAAUCAACUAUGAUCCGUCUUCCCAGACAGCACCAAGCUCUCAGCAGCCAGCUCAGUCAGCAACAACAGUCAAAGGCCCGUCAUAUGCAGAACUACUUCGACUUCGACUGCGGGUAGCGAUGUACAAAGUCAGAACAAACCAGACGGACAUUCCUUUCGACGACCUAAGGGUCGAGCAAAGCCCGCCUCCGCCACCUCAUGCCUUUGCUCUGGUUCCAUCCGAACAACAGCCGUGUGCGCAACUUCUGCCUGCACCACUCCUGCGACCUACGGCGUAUAGUAAUCGCAUGCUGUACAAUAUGCCGAGUUCACCUCCAUCAGCCUUCUCGCCAGCAAAGUUGUCUCGUGGCGGUGAAGCAAAGACGCCGACGAGUGGAAGGUUCUCAGCACCGGAGCAGGAACUUACUAGCAGUAUUGUGAAAGGCAGGGUGGCGGAAGGUCUUCUGGGGUUACGCAAUGCUGUGUGA